AUGAAGGGUGGUUGUAAUCCGUUAAGUUCUAUUUACGAUUUUAUAGUGAACUAUGGCAAAGUUGAUUUUGUUGCCAGCUAUAUUGAAUCUAGAUCGAGUGAUUUUCUAUUUCUCAAUUAUUAUUUAGAGGAGUUGGUACGAAAAAGAUUCAGGGAAGAAUUUAACGAUAGAGACUAUGAAGUUGUAUAUUUUUUAUUGGUAAGAGGAGCAGAGCCGCUAUCACAUUGCAAAAGGGGCAACACACGUAAAACUGUACUCGACUUAGUGGCCAAAACUGAAGAUAUGGAGUUAAUCGAACUGUUCCUGCAAUAUUUAAAAUUCCAAGACGAACCUUAUGCUGAGCAGAAUGAGCUUCAUCGCCUUCAUCUGUACCACGCAUUACACAGCAACGCAGUUCUAGGCGCUGUUGCUCAUCAGUCAAUGAGAAUUUUGAAGUUCGCUAUAGAAUUGAGGUUCAAGCCGAAGGAAAGAUCAUUUCGAUAUUCGAAUACAGCGUUACACAUUGCGGUAACACAUAAGAGGUUGGAUAUAACCAGAUAUUUACUGGACAACGGUGCUGAUGUUGAGGCAUAUAACAUAUUUCGGGAAACACCCUUGUUCUCCGCUAUUAAAUCCAAAAAAAUUGAGCAGACGAUUAUACUCCUUCAGUACGGAGCGGAAAUAGAUUCAAGGAAUGGAGAUGAUAAUACAGUGCUGCACAUUUUAUGCUCUCAAGAGGAAGGAAUAGACUUGGAAAUGUGCGAGUUUUUGAUAGAUUGCGGGCUUGACCCUAAAUUGACGGGAAAAUUUGGGCAGACUCCAUUGCAUAUGCUUGCAAAGAACAAUAAAGCACCUCAUGCAUUGGAAUGUGCCAAACUAUUAAUAGAGAAGGGAGUUGAUGUAAAUGCCAAAAAUGUAUUCGGCGAAACUGCUCUUCACAAUUUAGCAGAUUAUUGUGAAGACUACACUCCAUUUUUCGAAUUGCUUUUGAAAAGUGGGACUGAAACAAAAAUUAUUAAUCUUUUCGGAAACACCUAUCUUGACAUAUUAUUACUAGAUGAAAUUGAGGCUAGAAGACAACAAAUACUUAAACAUCUAAUUAUAUUAGAUUUCACCGCAAAUUUUCAAUUCAAUGUUGACAUAACCGGUAUCAAUAAUUUAAAAGAUUCAUUAUUCCAAUAUUAUUGCAUACAAGAAUUGAACCUGUUAGAGACAUACAAAAUAGCAGCAUUUCAAACAGUACCCGAAUAUUCAUAUAUAAAAAUACUUAUUUCCACUAAUAAGGAAGUGAGCAAAUUUUGCCAAAAUCCAAUUAUACAUUCAACAUUUUCUGAAUUCGAUGUACAACAAUUCCCAAUUUACGGAUGUGACCUGAAAAAGAAACUUCAGUCUGGAUUACGACUAUUUUUUGAAGAAGAAAGAGCUUAUGAAUUUUUAUCAAUCAUCUCUAAGGGAGUGCUACAUUAUGAUGUCAUGAUAGAAAUCAUGAAAUAUGUCCAAGCUCAAGAAUUGUCAACAUUACAUAAAUAUCUAUUGACAAAACCGAUCGAAUCUGUUUCGUCGAAGAAACACAAAGAAGGAAGAAAGGAAAAUAUUAAAAAAAGAAUGUAG